AUGGCCAAGGAGGACGCCACUCCACGGCGCGGCACCCGUGCGACAGCUGCAAGGACGCCCCGCACCACUCGCCGCGCCGCUGCUGCUGCCGCUGCCUCCAGCGAGGAGGAGGAGGAGCAGCCGCAGGUGGCGCCGCGCACGACGCGGCGGCGAGGCGCAGCGGCCAAGGCUGCCAAGGAGCCUCCACCGCCUGCUGACGACUCUCCCGCCGAGGAGGAGGAGCAGCAGCCUGCGCCGCGCGCCACGCUGCGCCGUCGCGGCGCAGCAGCCGCCAAGAAGGCCGCGGCCGAGUCGGAGGCGGAGCCCGAGGCAGCAGAGCCCGCGGCGCCCACGCCCUCCAACUCCCGCCGUGCCGGCAAGGACGGCGCCGCUGCGCCGGCGGAGGAGAAGCUGAUUGGCUCCUUUGGCUCCCCCACCUUCUUCCUGCUGCUGCUGCUGGCCACCAGCGCCGUGCUGGCCACGCUGGCCUACCCCUACUGCCAGCAGCGCGACUGCGCCGAGCUGAUGCACAACCUGCCGGAGCUUGCGGGCGAGGCGGCGGCGGACGUGUAUGGCCAGCUGCGCGAGCGUGCCCUGUCUGCCGCGGACGCGCUGCAGGCGCAGGUGCAGACGCUGUUAGACAUAGUGCGCCCUGGCGGCUACGACGAUGGCGGGGCGUGCCAGUUUGAUGCGUCCACAGCGCUGCAUGCGGUGAUGCCCAUGGGGGGCGAGUUUGUUGCGCUGCACGCCGCCGCGGCAGCCACGCUGGGCGGCCAAGGAGCGGAGAACAAGGCCGCCGUAGCACUGCUGGUGUGCGAGCUUGGCGCCGACUGCCUGAGCAGCGUUGAAAACGUAGAUGCGGCGGUGUCGGACCCCAGCCAGUGCGUGCUGCACCUGGAUGGACCGCAGCUGGGAGAUGAUGCAGACGCGCUGCAGACUACCCCUGCCGGCAUCGUGGUGCUGCGGCGCAUCGAUGAGAUGUCGCCCGCGCUGCUGCCGGUGUUGGUGGACGCGAUGGGCCAGGACGGGUCUCUGCCUGGGCCCGAUGGAGAGUAUGUGGCCACCACAGAUGCCACUUUCUUCCUCACAUCCCUCGUGCCGCCAGAGGCCUUUGACAACCUGAAGGAGCAGGUCAAGUUCAAGCUGGAUGUGAAGAACCUGAUGGUGGUGGACUUUGUGCUGAGGGCGGGCGAGGGGGAGAAGGAGGAGGUUGCCACCCAGGCCAAGGCGCUGCGCCGCCAGAUCGACUUUGUGAUCCCCAUCGGCUCCGAUCCGCUCUGGGGGGUGGCCACGGAGGCGGGCGAUGCAGAGGGCGGCGAGUCCAAGUGCCACCUCAACGCCACCGAGGUCGUCGGCUGGCUGCUGCCGGAGGGCGACGACUGGACCACGGUGCGCGAGACGGCGGCCAGCGUGCUGGGCGCCGAGCGGACGCACGCCGGGACCGAGCUGCAGCCCGCGGCGGUGCUGUUUGCCUGCGACGGCGAGGAGGGGUGCGAGAAUGCGGUGAUAGAGGCGGGCCGCGCAACCAGCGGCGGCCGCGACUGCAUGCUCAUUCUGGAGGGCUCCCGCCUCGACAGCGUGGCGGGUCUGCAGGCGAUGCUGGCCGGCUUCCUGUCCAACACGCCCGACGGCAUCGUGGUGCUCAAUCGCAUUGACAAGAUGGCGCCAGAGGUGCUGGGUGUGCUGGUGGAUGCGAUGAGCCACGAAGGCGCGGUGCAGCCGGAUGACGGCCCGGAGCCAGUGUCCACCUCAGGCGCGACCUUCCUGCUGACGGCCCACAUGCCCUCGCCUGUCUUCAAGCAUGUGGAGAAUGAGCUGCGCUUCCGCCAGGACGCCUACCACCACAUGGUGGCCGACUUCCGCGACCGCGCUGCCGACAAACGCGAGGCUGGCAUGCUGGCAGAGGCGCUGCAGCAGCGCCUGGAUGCCCUGCUGCCGGUGGGGUCUGACCCCGACGAGUAUGAUGCCUGGGUGGCGGCCCAGUUGGCGGCGGGGCUGCCCACCGAGAGGGUGGUGGUGGAUGAGGAGGGCGAGGUGGAGUGGCAGGAGGUGCAGGAGGGGGAAUGGGAGGAGGAGGAGCCUCCGCCAGAGGGCGACUGGGAUGAGCAGGAGGAGUUCUAUAUGGAUCAUGAGGAGGGCGCUGCUGAGGAGGGGGAAACAGAGGAGGGGGAGGCAGAGGGCGAGUGGCAGGAGGAGGAGGGCGAUGCUGCAAAUGCCCAGUGGGAUGCGGCAGCGGAGGAGGCGGCCCAGGCGGAGGCGGAGGAGUGGGCAGCCGCGGACGAUGACCAUGCGGCUGCCCCAGUGGAUGGCGAGGAGGGGGACGGCAGCGCCUGGGAGGAGCAGCCACCCGGCGAAGACCUGCCGCAGGUCCCUUACGAGGGAGAGGAGGGCGAUGGCGGCAGCUGGGAGGAGCCCGCGGACGAUGCCGAUGAUCGCCUGGCAGCCGAGUGGGAGGCCACGGCGGAGGACCAGCAGUAUCACCAGCAGGCGGUGGGGGAUGACGGCGCCUACGAGCACCAGUACGAUCCCGUGGCGGAGGCGGUGGUGCACCCGCAGUGA